AUGAGCUCCGGCCUGGUCCCGCGGGACGGGACGCGCGACGAGCAAGACCCCAUGCUAGGUGUCAGAUCGUCGUCGGAGACUGACGUGGAGGAUCGCCUGCUUCCCGACUCAGCCGACUACAGCGAGAAGAGCCACUACCGACGCCAUGCGGGCCACAAGAAGACGUUUCGAUGGAUCAUGGUACUCACUUGCGUGUCCAUCCUGACGCUCAUUCCUUUCAUUUUCGCCCAAUUCUUCAACGUACAAACCAAGGACCGGCCGGCGGAACCGGCCCACGAUGAGGACAACCAUGAGGAAAGCCCGCCGCCGCCGCCGCCGCCACCACCACCGCCAGCGGACCCAGUGCCGGAACUGACGACGACGAUAACGCCAGUAACGACUUCUUCUCUUGUCCCUACGCAAACACCGCAAGUGAUUUUGACGCCUGAUCAGCAGUUCAAUCUGCAGACAGGAUUCCAGGUGUCGAAUGUGACGUCGAUGCGGGAGUAUGUGUUCAACAUCACGCGGCAGCAGCACUCACCCGACGGCUUUGAGAAGUCAAUGAUCCUCGUCAACGGACAAUCUCCCGGCCCUCUCAUUGAGGCAAACACGGGAGACACCAUCCGUGUCACGGUGCACAACCAGAUGUUGAAGGAGAGUACCACGAUCCACUGGCACGGCAUUGACCAGAGAAGGUCGGUCUGGAUGGACGGUGUCUUUGGCGUCAGCCAGUGUGCCAUUCCUGCCGGCGAGAGCUUUACUUACGAAUUCAAUGUCACCGACCAGCGGGGCACGUUCUGGUGGCACGCUCAUGUUUCAGUGCAGGUCACUGACGGACUCUUUGGGCCAUUGAUCAUCCACGAUCCGGAUGAAAAGAUCCCCCCUGUGGAUGAUGACAAGAUUGUGAUGGUCGGAGAUCUCUUUCAUGAAUAUGGAGGCACUCUCCUGACGCAGUACCUAAGCGCCAAUCCACCUUGGGCCCCUAAGAAGCCCGGUAGAGAGCCUCCUCCUGACAACGUCAUCAUCAAUGGCAAGAACACAUUCAACUGCUCCAGCAUUGAAGGCCAUGACACAAACCAGGCCAAGUCAGGCGAGGACCAUAGCGGCCACAACAUGGAGAACAUGGGAAGCCACAACACCCCGAGAGAUGGUGCGCCUCCCCCCAAGUGCACGUGGGGUUCCCUCUUCAAUACACGGGUCAAGAGUGGCUCAAUAGCUCGUUUGCGUCUCAUCAACCACGGCACAUCAACUCCCAUCUUUGUCACGGUUGACGACCACCCUCUGCAAAUCGUCGAGAUUGACGGCGUCGAGGUCGCUCCAAUCGCCACAUCCCGCGUGUACAUGAACCCCGGUCAACGCUACUCAGUCCUCGUCCACGCCAACCAGACUGCCGGAAACUACCUGAUUCGUGCCGACGCCGCGGUGCGGUGCUUCCACAUGUCCCACAAGAACCAUAAGGCGGGCAUGAUGCACGGCACACCUUUCGGGGCCACCGCCAUCCUAUCGUAUGACGAGACGGACCUUGGCGUCCCGCCGAUUGGCAAGGCGUGGGAUCUCAACGCCAACUCGAACCCUGGCGUAGGCAAUGAGCCAUGGGGAGACAGGUGCGAGGAUUUGCCGCACAACCUUCCAAAGCCUGUCAGGAGCAGGCCGGCCUACGACGUUGGCGACAGGAACUACCAUUACUUCACGUUCAAGCAGGAGCGCGUCAACGACGUCGUUCGUACACACGUCAAUGAUACUCUGUAUACACCUUUGACCGACGAUGCCUCGCUGUGGAAGGUCAUGCAGCAGGACAUCACACCAGAGAACCUGAACUCGCCUCAGCCGAAACUAGACUUCGGAAAGGAUCAAUUCGUCUUGGUAUCCCGAGACGACAAAGCUGCUCAAAUCGUAGUCAACUCUGACGCAAUGAUGAUAGGCCAGAACUUCCAAGUCGUUGGUUGGGGCAAUGGCCUUUUCGGAGCCAGCAAGACUACAUGGAACUUUGACAACCCGAUGCGCCGUGACACGAUCACAAUCCCAGGAUACUCACACCUGGUAAUCCGCAUAACAGCAGACAACCCGGGUGUUUGGGCGUUCCAUUGCCAUUAUCUGUGGCACGCUGAAGCUGGUAUGUUCGUCUCCAUUGCUCAGCGAAUGGGCGAGCUCGCGAGCAUGCUGGGCACAUUGGACACCAACGGUGAUGCCGGUGCCAUCAAGAAGAAAUUCUGCCCCAUGGCCAAGGCACAAGCUGGUGCUCCUCUCGCACAGCCCGUUAAGACUGGGGCACCUAAACCGCCUCGGACCCUUUGA